AUGAACCAGGCCCCGACCAAUGCCUUGCGCGAGAUCCCUCGUUUUGUGCAGUACACCAGUGCCGCGCCCAACUCGGCACCGCAAGACCUCGCGCCGAGGGCGACGACCCUCCCGCUGAACCUCAUCGCCCUGAUCGUGUCGUAUCUCGAUGAUAUAGGGGAUAUCGCGCGGGUCACGCGAACAUCGCGCCUGCUGUACUACAUGACGCUACCGCAGCUGUAUGAAAGAGUCGCACUACAUUCGUAUGGAGAGAUGCGCUAUGUGAAUGGCAAGCCGGAGGGCUUUGGGAGUGGAAGUCCGUUCAUGAUGGCGCUGGACGGGCUGGUCACAAAAGCGCAUGGCUCGCUGGUGAAGCAUUUCAGGGUAUGGGGCCAGUGGAGAGAGCUGGGGAUAGAUGAUUUCGGAAAGGGCAGGGUGCCGGACAACUCCAUGAUGCUGAAUACACUGCUCCGGGCUGCCAUGGACAAGAUGAGCAAGCUGGAGUCGUUCUGCUGGGAGCUGGAUUGCAAGCCGCUCAAGACGCUCUAUCUAGGCCUCGGCGCACACAACAACCUCGUGAGCUUCACAUUACGAUUCCCAUCGACCAGAAUACCGCGGCCGUCUGUACUGAUUCCCCCAAUGGCCAACCUGCGGGUCUUCAAAGCUAUGGACAUCGACCCUAUGUGCUACCCGGACGACAUCAGCAUGCUCAUGCUCCACUCCAAGAAAUUGGUCGAUGUGCGCUUACACUUCUCCCCACGCAUGCGCCAGGAAGCGGAAUCAAUCAUGAACCUCAACAUGUUCUUCGGGCGGUGUCACAAAGCAGGCUACAAACUGAAAGUGAAGCACUUCGCCUUGCAGAACUUCUUCGGCCCCAACGUCCUAGGCAUGGAACAGAUCUUUGACGUCGACCACUGCACCAGCAUAACAUUCCUCGACACGUUCGGCGGAAACGACCCUCGCACCAUCUUUGUGGACGAUACAUGGAAGAACGUGCCUCUCGAUCUGUAUGCCAAUUUCCACUCCGUUCGCUGCAAUGAACUUGCACCACAGCAUAUCGAGAUCAUGAAGAAUGCGGCUGGCAAAAUGAGGGCUCUCUACGUCGUCAAUGAACGUCGUGGAAAGACUGGUUACACGCCUCCAGAUGCCGCUGCACCCAGUCCUCUGACUCCCAACGGCGACUCGCACAUGGAUGCCGACGCAGCAGCACUAGGCCCAGAGUAUCUAUACACGAUCACACGAUACCACGGCGACACCCUCAAGCACCUCUUACUAUCCGACCACUGGUGGCUCUCCAACGACGACGUAGUAGACAUCGUCCGCUACUGCCCCAACCUCGAACAACUCGGCCUCGCCAUCAACACCCCCGACCACAACAUCCUGCGCCUCAUGAUGCCCUUCCUCCCCAACCUCCAAGUCGUCCGCGUCCUGCACAACGAGCAUCUCACGCAGCACCUCCGCAUGGUAUCCCACGAAGAACGCAUGUGGGAGAUGGGGAACGAAGCCGCACAACGGCCCCAUCAGAAUAUGAAAAUGAUCGGAUUGGGUGAACACUUCUACAAGGUGGGAAAGCUGGUCGAGCUCUUGCGCGAGAAUGGCGCGGUGGAGCGGAGGAGGGAGAUGUCGAUGGUGGGGAAGGAGGAGGCGAUGAAGUAUGAGAUUUGGAGGUUGGAUUGUUUGGAUAUCAGUGUGGAUCCGAUUGCGAAGUGGGAUCCGUGA